GGUGCCUUCACCGACGUCCGCGACCUGAGUAUAAAAAUGGAAACUGCGUUGCAACUUUUAGUUCAGUCUUUUCUAUCUGUGAAUGGGAUUACGUUCUGUCAGUGACACCCAAAAUGGCAAUGUCUUCAGACUCUAGCAGUACUGUUCAAGAGGACCGUGAAGGAGUUGUGGAAACAUUACAAGACGUGAAAAACCUGCAGGGAGAACACACACUAAAGUCAUUCCUAACUGUGAAAGUGUUAGAAGUCCAAGCUCCGACAUCAUACAUUUCCAAAAAAAAAGGAGCAAGUCAAAUGAUGACAGCAAAAGUUGCUGAUACUAAAACUCACACAGAGGUCAACAUCUAUGAUACUGGAAAAUUUCCCUUAUUUAGAGUAAAUGAAGCUGUUAUCCUUUCAGACUUCGUAAAAAAAGCAGAUGGAAGUCUGGUUGUAACUCAAGUCUCGAAUGUUUUUACAACAAACAAAGAAAUGGUAAUUGUACCACAGGAGGUCCUAGACAUGGCACAAAAGAAACCAGACUGCUUGUCUGUAAUAAAUGCAGCAACGUCACCUUUGAAAAGCACAGUGUCUGUGAAAGGGAAAGUUAUCCUUGCAUGCUCACCUACCACAAAAAGAUUAAGAAACACAGGGGAAGAGGUUCCUUUUAAAAGACUUAAAGUAAAGGAUGGAAGUGGUAUCAUUAAUGUGGCUUUGUGGAGGGAUUUCGCUGAUACACCAAUUCAACAAGGCAGUUUCGUUGCUCUGCAUAAUUUUACAACCACUCAAACAUACGAUGCCAAAACAAAAGCACAGAAACCUGUCCUCUCGAACAGAUCAUCUCAAUCAGCAGUAGAGUUCAUCCCUUCCUUUGCUGAAAUAUCUGAUGACGAAGAAGAUAGUGAAGAGGAAAGUACAGUUAUGCCAACUGGGACCAUAAUUGGAAUUGAGAGCCUUUUUACUUACAGGUGCUGCCUUAUCCAAAAGUGCUGUAAGAAAAAGGUCGGGGAAGACUUCCGCUGUCCAAAUUGUUCAAUUCAGUACACCAUUAACUCUGCUGGUUAUGGUGGCAUUUUAAAACUACUCAUCAAUUAUGAAAAUAAAAUGAGUGUCUUCACAGUUUUCACUGAAGGACUGCUACAAUUGUUAGAAUCCAUGAACUUGAAAACCGACUUAAACAACAAAGAUGAUACCUUGAAUAACCUGAAGGCCGAGAUGCCAAUUCGAGUGAAAUUUUCAUUUCAAAGUAACAAGAUAACAACCAUUCGGAAAUUUUAAAACUUAACAAAUGUGUCAAAAGAUUGUUCUUCCUGGACUGGAUUUGAUAAUGUUCUUCCUGGACUGGAUUUGAUA